AUGUUGCGGUGUGACCAGGUACAUUGCUGGCUUAACGCUCUACGAGAAAUGUUUCUGGAAUCGAUCAGCAACGAAGAGCGACUCCUCGAGCAGCUCGAAAAAGGUCUUGCCGAUAGUGAAAAAGCCUCAGAUGCAGAGGAAUGCUGCGAACAUCUGGAUAAUCUAGAGAGUCUCCUAGAAAAAGUGAGCAAAUCGUUAGAGGUGGACGAAGAGAUUUUAUCCAUGGACGAGUCGUAUGUUCGCGAUUCGCUGGCGCGAUUGAACGAAUCGCGACAGCGACUUACGGAUGCGACACGUGAGCGUAUAGCAGCGUUGUCGCGUGCCGUCGCCGAUUGUGAAAGAUUCGAGAAGCAGAUGGCUGACAUUCAGCAAUGGAGUGCUCAUGUUUCUACGCUAUUGGAUUUAAGGAAAUCCAGUGAUGUUUCCGCGCUUGAUGUUCCGGAUGAAUAC